AUGGGUCGAACUGAGGACAAACUUAAGAGGAUUUACUACGGGUCUGAGGGCUAUUGGAGGGGAGCGUCGGCUAUCAAGAAACUUGCGACCGCAGCCAGGGUAUCAGAAGAAACGGCUAAGAACUGGUUAAAGAAACAAACACUCUGGCAGGUUUAUCUUCCCGUACCCAAGUACAUUCCCAGACCCAGCUUUACCGUAAAUGCCCCUAAUGAAGUUCAUGAGGCGGAUUUGCUUUUCUUACCGCACGACACGGUGAGAAGAAAGACCUAUAGAUACGCUUUGACCGUGGUUGAUAUCGCAAGCAGAUACAAGGACGCCGAACCCAUAACCAGUAAGGAUUUUGGGGAAGUCGCAGAAGCCCUAGGUAAGAUUUAUAAGCGCGUUUUGAAAUGGCCUAAGCUGCUGCAAGUGGAUUCCGGGACAGAGUUAAUGGGCGUGGUUACCAAAACCCUGAAAGACCACGACACUAAGAUAAGAAGAGCCGAAGCAGAGUACCACAGAGGGCAGAGCAUCGUCGAAAGAUUCAAUAAGACCCUGGCUGAGCGUCUCUUUGGAUACCAGUAUUGGAAAGAGUUGGAAGAUCCCUCCAAACGCAACAAGGAAUGGACUCAGAGGCUCCCCCAGGUCGUCGCGGCUUUGAACAACGAGGCGGCCAGGGCUACGGGAAUGAAACCCAAGGACGCCAUAAAAAAGAAACACGUGGAACACAAGUCCUACGUUAGAAGUUCAAGGGCGGUCGGACUGAAGGAAAAAAAGCUACCCCGCGACAUAGUGGUCAGAUACCUCUAUCAGCCGGGGGAAGGUGGCAGUAAGAGAGCCACGGAUCCUAACUGGUCUCUGAAAACGUAUGAGAUUUCGAAGUCCGUCACCAAGGAAGGGCAACCCGUGUUGUAUUACCUAAAUGGCCCAAGUCGUGGAUUUGUUAAGGAAGAGCUGCUCAUAGUUCCCAAAGACUCAAAGUAA